AUGGAGGACUUUCUGCUCUCCAAUGGGUACCAGCUGGGCAAGACCAUUGGGGAAGGGACCUACUCAAAAGUCAAAGAAGCAUUUUCCAAAAAACACCAAAGAAAAGUGGCAAUUAAAGUUAUAGACAAGACGGGAGGGCCAGAAGAGUUUAUCCAGAGAUUCCUGCCUCGGGAGCUCCAAAUUGUCCGUACCCUGGACCACAAGAACAUCAUCCAGGUGUAUGAGAUGCUGGAGUCUGCUGACGGGAAAGUCUGCCUGGUGAUGGAGCUGGCUGAGGGAGGGGAUGUCUUUGACUGCGUGCUGAAUGGGGGGCCACUGCCUGAAAGCCAGGCCAAGGCCCUCUUCCGUCAGAUGGUUGAGGCCAUCCGCUACUGCCAUGGCUGUGGUGUGGCUCACCGGGACCUCAAGUGCGAGAACGCCUUGUUGCAGGGCUUCAACCUGAAGCUGACUGACUUUGGCUUUGCCAAGGUGUUGCCCAAGUCACGCCGGGAGCUGAGCCAGACCUUCUGUGGCAGUACAGCCUAUGCUGCCCCUGAGGUGCUGCAGGGUAUUCCCCACGAUAGCAAGAAAGGUGAUGUCUGGAGCAUGGGUGUGGUCCUGUAUGUCAUGCUCUGUGCCAGCCUACCUUUUGACGACACAGACAUCCCUAAGAUGCUGUGGCAGCAGCAGAAGGGGGUGUCCUUCCCCACUCAUCUGAGCAUCUCGGCCGAUUGCCAGGACCUGCUCAAGAGGCUCCUGGAACCCGACAUGACCCUCCGGCCUUCAAUUGAAGAAGUUAGUUGGCAUCCAUGGCUAGCAAGCACUUGAUAAAAGCAAUGGCAAGUGCUCCCCAAUAAAGUAGGGGGAGAAAGCAAACCCAAAAA